UGUUCCGGUUAGAGAGUUAACUGAAUGUGUGAUUGUACCUUAAGUUAAAAUGCUUUUUAUAUUUUAAUGGGAUUGUAUAAAGUAACCUCACCGGUAAUUCAGUUUUAUCAUUUGCAACUUCGGUGGUCUAUCGAUUGCAAGUUACAAUCUGGGUAAUUUCUAUUUACCUUGGGUAAUAUUGUGUACAAACUUACUGUACAUCUUCAAUUUCUUUGUCAUAGUUAUACAGUGAUUGAGUGAUUUGUUUGUUGUGUUUGACGUUAGUGGUAAUUCACAAGUUACGUGUACCCGAAAGAUUUUUAGUUCAAGAUGAGUGCCAUUGCGAAUAUUGCUAUUCAGAGUACAGCAGGUGCUGUUCCUGUGAGAAAUGAAAAAGGUGAGGUGUCGAUGCAAAAGGUGAAAGUUCACCGUUAUGUAUCUGGGAAACGGCCAGAUUAUGCACCUAUGUCAAGCAGUGAAGAGGAAUCAGAUGAUGAUGAUUUUAUUGAACAAAAAAGGCGACAGCCUUUCCGUACAUAUCCAAAUGCCGAAGCAGUGGAGAGUGAUGUUCCAGAAGAAGCAGAAGCAGAAAUUGAUGACCCAAGACUUCGAAGACUUCAGACUAUUAUGGCUGAGGAGGAAGCAUCCAAUGAAGAAGGAAGACUUGAAAGACACAGACAUAUUCAUGCCCCUGAAGUACUUCAGGGUGGUGAAUCAGAUGAAGACGAUGGAAAACCACAUCGAGAUGAAGGGAGUGAAGAAGAGGAGGAGGAAGAACUUAGUGAUUCAGAGAUAGAAAAAAGACGACAACAGCUUCGAGAAAAAUUAUUGAGCCGCAAAGAAGAAGUUGAGGUUGAAAUAUUGGACAAAGAAGAUGAAAACAAAAGUCCAGAAAUCACUGAAUCAGAGUCAUCAGAAUAUGAGGAAGGUACAGACUCAGAAGAAGAAGUUGGACCAAGACUAAAACCAGUCUUUGUACGUAAGAAAGAUAGAGUGACUGUAUUGGAGAAAGAGCGAGAAGAACAAAAGAAGAAAUUAGCACAACAAGAAGCAAAGAAAAUGGCUGAAGAACGUCGCAAGUACACCCUCAAGAUGGUAGAAGAUGAGGUUCGCAAAGAAAUGGCUGUGAAAGAAACGGAAGAACCUUCCCUAAAUGAUAUUAAUACUGAUGAUGAAAAUGAUGAAGUUGAAUAUGAAGCAUGGAAACUGCGGGAGUUAAAGAGAUUGAAACGUGAUCGUGAAGAGAGAGAAGCGGUUGAGAGAGAACGUAUGGAAAUUGAACGGCUGAGAAAUAUGACAGAAGAAGAACGCAGAAUUGAACUACGCAACAAUCCAAAACAUGUCACGAACAAAGCAGCCAAAGGAAAGUACAAAUUUCUACAGAAAUAUUAUCAUCGGGGAGCUUUCUAUAUGGAUGAAGAUCAAGAAUUGUUUAAGCGUGAUUUCUCAGCUGCAACUUUGGAAGAUCACUUUGAUAAAACUAUUCUGCCAAAGGUAAUGCAGGUGAAAAAUUUCGGCCGAAGUGGGCGUACAAAAUAUACACAUCUGGUGGACCAGGAUACAACGCAGUUUGAUUCUCCAUGGGUUUCUGAAACAGCCCAGAAUCUGAAAUUCCACACAACUCUUGCUGCUGGUAUGAAGCAAGUGUUUGAGAAACCAACACAGUACAAAAGGAAACAACAACAGCAGUGAUUGUGUUCACAAGAAAACAAAAGUUCAUGUAAAAACAGUAAAGACUUCAUCACCACUGUUGUUUUACUUGUUUACAAAAAUCAAGUGUGUGUCUUUUCAGAGUGAUAGACUUUUUUUUAGAUAUCUGAGAAAUGUGUGAAAGUUGUACAGAACUUCUGUGACCUGUAUGUCAACAUUCAUUGUACAGUGAUUCAUUUUACAGUGACUGCAUAUUAUCCCAUCAGUGGAUUCCUUUUGGAUGUAAGUGUGUAACAAAACUUGAAGAGCUUAAUUUUAUAUUGCCAGAAAGAUACUGGCUUUUGUGAAAAGUGCACAGAAAUAUUGGGUUGGCAGAUUAAUUUGUUCUUUACUUUUAUGUGUGAUGAAACACAGUGUACUGAUAUAUUUCGAAAUUUGGUAUCAGCUUAAUAAUUCUGAGCACAUAAUGUAUUUGAAACAUAUAAAGAAAAUACUUACACUGUA